ACCCCUCUUUUCCCUAUUGAAGUCGUCGGUCUCAAUACCAAGUCAGCCGACACUGUGAUGACCCCAAUGGCUGUAACCAUUCCUCUAUAUCCUCUGGUCUCUUCCACCCCAAUCUCCAUAAUUCCAACUAGCCAAGAUGAGCAGAAGACCACUGCCAAGGACUCCACUCCAACUGGGUCUUUUAAAAACUGCAAAACAAUAAAAGAACUCAAGCAAAGGCACUGUCGCUUCACAAAGAAGGGCCUCGGUCACAGUCCCUCUUCUGUGGCCAAGCUUAUUGCCGCGUGCUCCGAAAUGGGCACCCCAGAAAGCUUAGAUUAUGCUAGAAAGGCAUUCGAAUUGUAUAAUGACGACGAGGGAACUACUUGUUCUUUGUAUAUGUACAAUUCUUUAAUUAGAGGUUACUCUUCUGCUGGGCUUGGUGAUGAAGCUAUCUUUCUUUUUGUAGAAAUGUUUGUUGCGGGCAUUGUACCCGACAAGUUUACCUUUCCGUUUAUGCUGAGCGGGUGUGCGAAGGUUGUGGGGUUUUGUGAGGGAGUUCAAGCUCAUGGAGUGGUCGUUAAGAUGGGCUUAGAGGGGGAUGUGUUUAUUGGGAAUUCGUUGGUUCAUUUCUAUGCGGAGUGUGGGAAGAUGGAUUAUGCACGAAAGGUGUUUGAUGCGAUGCUUGAUAGAAAUGUUGUGUCAUGGACUAGUUUGAUUUGUGGUUAUGCUAGGACGGGUCAUCCGGAGGAGGCAGUUUCUUUGUUUUUUGAAAUGGUGGAGGCAGGUAUUAGACCCAAUUCUGUCACAAUGGUGUGUGUCAUUUCAGCCUGUGCAAAGUUGAAGGAUCAUGAAUUGGGCGAGAAGGUGAGUGCUUAUAUGGGUGAGGCAGGGGUGAAGCUUAACACUCUUAUGAUGAAUGCGCUUGUUGAUAUGUACAUGAAAUGUGGAGCUAUUGAUACUGCAAAGAGGCUUUUUAAUGAAUGUGUUGAUAGAAAUCUGGUUCUAUGCAAUACUAUCAUGUCAAACUAUGUGCGCCAGGGGCUGGUGAGAGAAUCUCUUGCUAUGUUAGGUGAUAUGCUGCAACGGGGACCACAACCUGACAGAGUUACCAUGUUAUCUGCAAUCUCCGCGUGUGCACAAUUAGGUGAUCUUCUCUUUGGAAAGCAGUGUCAUGGUUAUGUUUUGAGGAAUGGGUUAGGAGGUUGGGAUAACAUAUCUAAUGCCAUGGUAGACAUGUACAUGAAGUGCGGGAAACAACAAAUGGCCUGCAGGGUUUUUGACUGUAUGUCAAAGAAGAAUGUGGUGUCGUGGAACUCAUUGAUUUCAGGUUUAAUUAGAAAUGGCGAUGUGGAGUCAGCCUGGGAGAUUUUCAAUGAAAUGCCAGAGAGUGAUCUUGUGUCUUGGAACACGAUGAUCACUGCUUUGGUCCAAGAGAGCAUGUUUGAGGAAGCAAUUGAACUUUUCAGGUUGAUGCAAAAUGAAGGGAUUAAAGCAGAUAGGGUGACAAUGAUGGGUGUUGCAUCUGCCUGUGGGUAUUUAGGAGCUCUUGAUCUUGCUAAGUGGGUCCUUACCUACAUUGAAAAGAAUGAUAUUCAUUGUGACAUGCGGCUUGGCACAGCCCUGGUUGACAUGUUUGCUAGGUGUGGUGAACCUGAAAGUGCAAUGCAAAUUUUCAGAAAAAUGCCUAAGAGAGAUGUUUCUGCUUGGACUGCAGCCAUUGGAGCAAUGGCCAUGGAGGGAAAUGGGGAACAAGCGGUGGAUCUUUUCAAUGAGAUGCUUCGGCUAGGGGUAAAACCUGAUGAAGUAGUCUUUGUGGCGCUAUUGACAGCAUGCAGCCAUGGCAGGUCUGUGGAUCAAGGGCGGCAUCUUUUCAGGUCAAUGAAGGAAAUCCAUGGAAUCUCCCCUCAAAUUGUCCACUAUGGGUGUAUGGUUGAUUUACUCAGCCGAGCUGGGUUGUUGGAAGAAGCUCUUGAUCUCAUUAAGAGCAUGCCAAUGGAACCUAACGAUGUGAUAUGGGGAUCUCUUUUAGCUGCUUGCCGGGUACAUAAAAGGGUCGAAGUGGCAGCAUAUGUAGCUGAAAGGAUAACUGAACUGGCUCCUGAGAGGACUGGCAUUCAUGUUCUUCUGUCAAACAUAUAUGCAUCUACUGGGAAUUGGACUGAAGUUGCAAAAGUGAGGCUACAAUUGAAGGAGAAAGGUGUCCAUAAAGUACCGGGAUCAAGCUCAACAAUCAUUAAUGGAAUAAUCCAUGAGUUUACCUCUUGUGACGAAUCACACCCACAAAAGACCAACAUCUCAUCAAUGCUACAAGAAAUAAACUACAGAGUCAGAGAUGAAGGCCAUGUUCCUGAUUUAACAAAUAUUAUGCUUGAUGUUGAUGAGCAUGAGAAAGAGUACUUGCUCAGCCAACAUAGUGAGAAAUUAGCCAUAGCUUUUGGCCUUAUCAGUACAGCUCAAGGCACGCCAAUUCGUGUUGCUAAGAAUCUCCGUAUGUGCACUGAUUGCCACUCGUUUACCAAACUAGUGUCAAGAAUAUAUGAAAGGGAAAUUAUAGUUCGAGAUAAUAACAGGUUCCAUUUUUUCCGGCAGGGGAAUUGUUCUUGUUGUGAUUAUUGGUAGUAGAAAUAUUAAACUGAUAAAGGAAAAGUAAAGCCUUCAGUUUUAA